AUGGGAGCAGAAGGGUUCGAGAUAUUUGAAGUUGGCCCUUGUGAAGAUGCUUACACAAUGGUCUACCUGAUAGGCCAGAGGUUUUCAAACAAGAUAAAGAGCAGGUUGGCCAGUGACCUCAUUCUUCAAGACCAGCUCCUCCCAUUUGCUCAGACCACAGAGUCACAGCCACUCAUUCAGUCUCUUACUGAAAAUCACCGGAGCAAGUUUCCGAGGUUAUGGGACGAGCUCGUAGGAACUGCAGACGGAAGUGGUGUGCCAGUUCUUGAAAUUAUGCUGAUCAACUUUAGGAAGGAAAUUCUUCCAUUUAUUCCAAAGACAGUGCAAUCCAUGCUAUUAAAACCAGUGUCUCGUGAAAUAAAGUUCCGGCCAAUCCCUCCAGCAACAAUCUCACUUUCAGAUGGGGGUACCGAAUUUAACGUCCAUGUGAAGGUACAUGAUGAAAAUUCAUUAACAACGCAAAGGAAAGCAACUACGCUACCUAAAGGCUCCAAAGAAGAUGUCCUGUCACUUCUAGGAGAUACAGACGAGUCAACAUACCCUAUCUACAUGACAGGUCCAACGCUCUGCACUGUGUGCACCGCAGUGAUAGACCUCAACGAACAAACACUAUCAAUUCUCGAGGGAAACCCGAAAAAUAGAGAAAUUUCUCACAUCUUCUCUACCUGUUCAGAAGAUUUCAAGAUGCCAUUACAAAAGCUCAAAGUCUAGCUGCAUUCUUAAACUGUGUAGCAUGUGGAGCUCCUAUGCAGGUUCAUAGAGGCCUAAAACGUGCCCAUCAGGUCAG